CAGGCAACCGAGAGACAUCCCCUUCCCCCUUUCGUCGUCUCCUUCCUCUGCACUGCAGUCUGUGUACUAUCUAACCAUUGAUUGCUAUUUGACCCUCCCUCUCUCCAGCCCGCCCUUUCUCUCUCUAGCACCCCUUUUUUCAUUUUCUCGCUAGAUGUUUCCUUCUGCUGCGUCUUCUGGCAGUUCAAAGUUUCUUGCUUUAACCAUGGAAGGAAGAUGAUGGUGAUGAUGACAGCAAUUACACUCUCCCAUUUCUUCUAUCCACCGCUCUCUCUUCAUUCCUUCUCUUUAUAUUUCACUCUCUCUCUCUCUCUCUCUUAACCCAUAACAGCUCUCUCCCUCUGUGUAAUUGACUGUUUGAGGAAUUCAAUUCCUUCCCAUAAUUUCAGGAAAUCCCGACUAUAGAAAACGAGAAAAACCAGACCAGACCCUCCUCGAUUUGAUCCCGAAGCUUCAGCUCACCAUUAAAUUCGGAAAAUACAGAGCAUAGUCACCGAGCUCGCCUCUCUGUCCUCCCUCUCACGGAUCCCCCGCUUUCGGGUGGCUCCGACCAUAUUCAUAUUCCCAACCGGCGGAGGAGAGAAACACCCCCCCCCAAAAAAAAAAAAAAGAAAAGAAAAGCGUCCCAGGUUUUCUUCUUCGUCGUCGUUGUCUUCUUCGUAGUCUUUUUUUUUUUUUCCCCACCACCACCAGCCAUGGCGGCCCGCUCCCUUCUCUGACCAAUCCCCGCGGGCUCCGCCUCUCCGCGGUGGUGGCUGGGGAUACCCGACCGACCCGUCUUGUCAAUUUUGAUGCACGAGAACCGAAGACGAGACAACCGGGGAGAGACCUUUUUUCCCGAAAGGGUCAGAGGAGGAGGAGGAACGAAAGGAGAUUUUUUCUUUUUUUGGCUGAUCCUUUCAAAUGACGAGGCAGAUAGUCCUGCGAGGGGCUUCGUCGGUGAGCCGGCGGCAGCCGCUGCUGAAGGCGAAGUCCACCUCGUCGUCGUGCUCGUCCGUAAGAUUCGCGGAGGUAGCUGGGGGGACGACGGCUGAGUGCGCUGCGAUCUGGUGCUGCUGCCCCUGCGGGAUCAUGAACCUGAUCGUGCUGGCGGUGUACAAGGUGCCGGCGGGGUUGUGCCGGCGGGCGCUGAGGAGGAAGCGGCGGCAGCGGCUGAUCAAGCAGGGGCUGCUGUCCCCUAAGGGGUCUCGGCUCUCGUCGAGGUUCGAGGAGAGGGAGGAUGCUCUGGUCCACCCGAUCACCCUCAGCGACCUCCUGGAAGCCAACAAGUCCGCCCGGGAGGUGGAGAUGGAAGUGGCCCAGCUCGAGAAGGAGAUGUGGGAGCGCUUCUAUGGGACCGGCUUCUGGAGGAGCCCUUCUCAGAGAGAGCAAAACUACUCGAUCGGAUCGAAUUGACCCCGAUGACGGCAACGACGAACAGAGGACAGUAAUUGAAUGAUUGUUGAAUUUUUUUUUUUUCUGGACGAGAAUGUAAAGAACCAAAAUGAUUGAGAUUGAAGUUCACUUGGGAUUUGUAGUAUAAUGUCUCUUCUUUCACUCA